CUACUGAGGCACGUUGGGCCUCUAUUUGGCGCAGCGUGUAGUUUAGGUGGAAAACUCUGCGUAUUGAUAUAUCUCCGCAAUCUUUCGAGUCAAAAUGGCUGGAUCCAUUAGUCCACAGCCUUCCUUCCACCUCUGUCCCGACUUCAGCAUCGCCCCGCCGCCCGACGGCCAUCUGCAGCUGGGUUCCGUCCUCCACACCCUCGAUAUCGAUGGUGUCCUCACUCCACUCGACAUUGGUGCUACCGUCCUCGUUCCCGAAUCGCAGCGCUGGCCCCGCGACAACCCGAUGGAGAAGAUGGGCUUCAACCGCAGCUUGAAGGAGCUUCGGGGCCUCGAGGGCAGCAUCUGGGCCAAGAUAUUCGGCUGGAACGGACUAGGCGCUAUGUUUUCCUUUUUGCGUAGGCGCGAAAACGAUGAGACUCUGGCGGUGGAGAAGCUGUUCGUCCAAUACUUUAUCCCUACGACCGAAUACAUGAAACAGGCCCUCGAGGUCAACGGCGUCGCCUUCUACAUCAGGGAAAACAAGUUCAAAGAGCCCGUCUACCUAGUUACCGGCCUGAUGUGGACCGAGGGAGCCAAGCUCUCCAAGAUCAAGUCCAAGAAAAACAAGGUUAGUGGCCAGGCUGCUGUGACGGGCACUACGGGCGGCACGAGCGGGGCCUACGAGAGUGAAGAGAGUCUCUACUCGAGUUUCGAUGGCUCGACGCCAUUCAUCCUCGGCAUUCGCGUGCGAAAGAUCUGGUGGGACAAGGAGGGCACGAGACACAAUGAACACGACGUCGUCGGGGCGACGCUAGGCGACCCCAAAGGAAAGAAUAUGGACGUGCUCGACGGCCUACAGUCGGCUGACGACACGACCGGGCAGACCAUCGCGGAUGAGACUCAAUUGGGAGAAGCAAACCCCAUCACUUGGGUUUGGCCCUGAUCGUGUAUGAUCGGCCUCGAGCUGUGUCGAGACACGAGGCACAUUGAGAAACGGAAACCACUUUAGCGCGAGAAUUUUUGGGGAAGCUCUUAAUCAAACCAUUUC